CGCCGUUUCGGUCAGCAGCUGCGAUUGUCAGCUGUUCAAUAUGGAACGAUAGCAAAGUGCAGUCACUUGUAGGAGUCGGUCGACGUCGGAUACGGUCAGGCAGUCGAACAACCGAGUCAGUCAGCCGAACGAGCGGGUCCUCGUGUCAGGUGAGCGGCGCGCAAGAGCGAGCGCUAGAGACGGAGGACAGCGAGGGACUGAAUAAGGACCACGCCGCCGUGAGGGAGAGAGUGCGUGAAGGACAGCGUUUCUCGCGUACGCGCGCGUACCUGUACGAUUUAUGCGAGACUCUCACGCCAGAUCAACCUGGAUGUAUUAACGCAGGGGCUAAAAUACAGCAUAUCAGGACUAAUGAACCUCGCAACAAAUCAGGCGUCCGACACGACGUCCGACACGCAGACGAAUGGUCCUUACUUCGUUAACUUUAAUCAGGACUGCACAUCUUUGGCAGUAGGAUCAAAGUCAGGAUAUAAACUUUAUUCUAUUAAUUCUACUGGCCAUCUUGAAAAAAUAUACGAAAAUGAUGAUACAGAAUUUGAGGAUAUAUGUAUUGUUGAGCGAUUAUUUAGCAGCAGUUUGGUGGCGAUUGUUAGUCUCAAAUCUCCUCGUACACUCACGGUGUGCCACUUUAGGAAAGGAACAGAAAUAUGCAACUACAGUUACUCAAAUACAAUUUUGGCUGUGAAACUCAACAGAGCGAGAUUGGUGGUAUGUCUGGAAGAAUCGUUAUACAUUCAUAAUAUACGAGAUAUGAAAGUGCUGCACACAAUUCGUGAUACUCCACCUAAUCUUACAGGCCUUUGUACCCUUUCGCCAAAUAGUGACAAUUGUUAUUUAGCUUAUCCAGGCUCGAACACGAUUGGAGAAGUGCAAAUAUUUGAUGCAAUUCAUCUUCAAGCCAAAACAAUGAUACCCGCACAUGAUAGUCCAUUGGCAGCAAUCGCUUUUAGUUCGACUGGCACCAAAGUGGCAACAGCCUCUGAAAAGGGCACUGUGAUUAGAGUUUUUGACGUUCAUGAAGGUACAAAGUUAUUCGAAUUUCGACGCGGAGUUAAAAGAUGCGUCACAAUAAACAGUCUUUCCUUUAGUAUGGAUUCUAUGUGGCUCUGUUGUUCUAGUAAUACAGAAACUGUGCAUAUAUUCAAAUUGGAGGAACCAAAGGAAACGCCAAACAAACAAACUGCAGAUGAAGCACAAAGCUGGAUGGGAUAUUUGACGAAGGCUGUGACAGCGUCAGCUACGUAUUUGCCGUCGCAAGUGACUGAUGUUUUUACUCAAGGACGUGCUUUUGCCAGCGUCCAUCUACCGUUUCAAGGAUUGAAAAAUGUCUGUGCCAUCACUGUAACACACAAAGUACCAAAACUGUUAGUAGCUAGCGCCGAUGGUUAUUUGUAUGUCUAUUCCGUGGAUUUAUCGGAAAGUGGAUGUUGCGCCCUUAUAAAACAGCAUAGAUUAGAUGAUAAGGAUCGAGAUGAAUCGGACUGUGGCGGUUCCGGUUCUGGAGCAGCAGCUACCGCAAAUAGUACAAAUACAGCCUGCAUAAAUAGCUACGCGGGUGUGUUGCGUGGCCGUUCGCCAGACUCCAUGUCAGGUACUGAAUCUGAGAAGUAUCAGGAGAUGAUAGCGGCGACGGAAAGUCCACCGAAAGGCGGCGGCCCGUUUCGUUUGGACGACGAUACCGAAUUUCCACCUGUCACGCAAAGGACAGACUGAGCGUAACACACACACACGUACAUACGCAAUUAAGGCAUAUCAAAAGCUCAAGACAAGCGAAGAUAUGAAAAAACCGUGUAAGAGAAACGAUCGUGACGAGCAGGACAAAAGGAGGGCACAGAAUGCAGAGGACGGUCCAGUAUUUACACAGACGGCCGUAUAUCCAGUACUUCAAGUUCGGUAGAACUAAAUCUGUAGGCGAUAUUACCGAGAAUGUUAUAUAUUUAGUACGCAUUCGAGAAUUUAAAUAAGAUGCAUAUUAGUCGCUAAGACGCGAAUAUGGAAAAAAAUUUUUUCAUAUAAUAGAAAAAUCGAUGCGUGCUUCAGGAAAAAAAGGGAAAUGCCUUUGAUGUAACAUUCUCGGUCAUAUUACUGAACUAUCGGAUAUAAGCAAAAUUUCUUUCAUCGUUCGUUAAACAAGUAUGGUAUUUGCCUGAACGAAUGGAAUAUCAUGCGAAGAAUAUGGUAAUCCAAUGAUAAUUAUUUUAAAGCGUUUGUCAUAUAGGAAUUACGGGUCGAAAAAUCUUUUAUACAAAAAUGUAUACACAAAAGAAGAGAUUCACAUUUGUAUGUCAGUAAAGCUAUUUUUACGAUUCUAUAUAGAGAAAUAUUUAUACAGAAAAUAUGCGUUUUUACGUAGCCUAAGAACAGUAUACUCCAAUUUCGGAAUUCUACUCCGACGCACAAUUCAGCGAUAAACAAUUGUGAAAUCAUGAAUUAGCAUAAAUUGUUUUUGCAUUCAUUUUAACAAGUGCCAUAUUAACUGUGUUAAACGGAUUGAAAAAUAAAACGACCUAUGUAGAUCAACAUAUGAAAAUAUUAUCUAUCGAAAUAAUUGCCAUAACGUAAGUGAAUAUGCCCUAUUUAAAGAACUUGACUUUUUUUAUAAAUUUAUAAUAAUAUUAACAUGUCGACAAGUUAAAUUUAUUCCAAUUUCUGACGUAUUUAUUCAUGAUGAAAUAUCAGAAAAAAUUUGACUCUGUUCAUCAUAUUUAUACAAAUUGUAUGAUCCAUGAUACACAAAAAAUGUAAGCAAAUCAAAUAUGUCGUCUUUGUUUUUUGUGUACCAUGGACAUAUCUAAAAAUCAGUAGAAAUUGAUUUUCUACUUUUUAUUCUAUCACACGAAAAUCACACAAAAUGAUUGAAUAAAUUUUCGCUAAUUUUAGAAUAUGUUCAAGCAUUAAACACAAUUUAUUUUGCACGUUUCAUUGGAUUACUAUAUUUUUUAAUAACAGAAUCAUUGUCUUCUGUGUUCAACAAAGAAAGCUCACCUUCUUUCUAGAUAAAAAUGUAAAGAUUAUAAAUAUGGAAAAUGAACGAUGAACUUUAGUUAAUUCUUGUAUAAAAUGUAAAAGACAUUUCUCGACAUAUGUUAGCUUCUUAUAAAAUAAAUAAUCAGUUAUAAUUUUACCGAAAAUAAUUUUCUUUGUUGGCAUUUAAAGUUCAAAAGUACUUCAAUUUUUACAUGUUAAUUGUGAGAUAAUGAUAAACAGAUGAAGUAUUUAAAAGUGUAAAAAAGGUUCAUUCCAGUUUGUUUCUUUAAAAUCCGAAAUAAUUUUAGACAAGUUAUCAUAUCAACAAGAUAAUUUCUGAUAACUACGAUAUAUUGAAUUUUAAAAUUCAAUAAAAAUUUUAUAUCUUAUUAUCAAACAUUACCAUGCUGUAUCUUAUGCUUUAUAUUAGACAGAUGUUAUGUAUAUGUAAUGUAUCAAAUGUGCAAUAAGUCUCCUUGAGCGCUUUUUCGGAUUAUUGAAAAUUAUCAUGACAUGUUUGUAAUUUGUAUAAAUAGCUAACUAAUAGGGACAAAGAGAAUAAUCUUCGAUACACUUGUGUUUUACGUUAGUACCGACUCGAGCUUGAUUGUGAAUAAAGUUUCUCCUCCGAUGCCAAUUUAUCAGAAUGUAAGACGACACUGGCGCUGGCGAAGAUAUUUUAUCGUUAUAUAAUUAAGUAAAGUACAGAUGCGUUUUUCCUUUCAUAAUUCUUCGUAGCGUCGUAUUGCAUGUAAUUUAUAAUGUAUAUCUUAUAAUAUCUCCGAUUACAAAUAGAAAGUUUCUUUCGCGUGUGAAUUGAAGUAUACGGCGCGAUCGUGAGUAUGUCAGUAUCAUAGAUCCAAUGAUGUGUCAUGUCGUUACGGCGGUUUUAUACUAACGAGUUUUAUUUGGUAAAUAAUCUUACUUUUAUAAAGAUAUAAAUAAACGCAUUGGUUAAUAACCAAUUUGUACAUAUGAACGUGCUAAGGCUUAAGCUUUGAACGUCAUUGCGUAUAAAGUUUCUUAUCAAUACACGUGAUUGUGCUGGUCUGCAAAUGGAAAAAAAAUACUGUGAGUUUCUCUCUCCUUGUCUACGAUUGGUUCAGCAUCCCACUUUUAUUUGUAUUUAAUAAAAUUGCUGACGAUUUUUUAUAAACCAAUUAUAAUUUUCUCAAAUUUGCGUUAUCACAACUCUAUUAAUAUGGAAACUUGUAAUGAUAUCAUUUCAUUGAGAAUCAUAUGUUGUAAAAGACAGAUGAAAUAAUCAUUUACAAGUUUCUAAAUAAAAAAAUUAAUUUUUGUUUUUUAUCCUGAAAAUAUUCUUGGCAUUUCAGUUAAACAUUCCUAUGUGCAAAACCCGAUAUUUCGAUGAAGAGAUAAGUAGAGCAGAAAUUUAAAAUAAUUAAAAAUAUAGUUAAAUAAAUAUAUAUAUUGUAAA